CAGUACACAACACACACAUAUACGAAACGUCGAGAAGAGGUUUUUCGAUCCAAAACCCGUUAUUGGUUCAUUUAUGGUUUGUUUCUCUCUUUCUUGUUGCCUGAGAGGAACAUCCAACUAACCGCAGCUUAUCAACAUCUGGUGGCGGCGCUUCCGGCCGCCGUCCAGCCUGACCUUUUAACACUUCAAAUCAAGCCUAUGCUUACUCUGGAAUUCGACCCGUGAAGCGAACUCUAGAAACCCUAAUUCUAGCAACUGAUGAUGUCGGGGCCGCCAAGGGCGAAGCCAAUGCAUUCAUCUGAACCGGAAGCUCGAACUGUGUUCGGGCCAGCAGGAAACAAAGCCCGAUCUGUAGAAUUUCGGAAGCCCAUUCUGAAGCCGAAGAGUGAAAAGACGAGCGUUGAUGAGAGCAAGGGGAAAGAUUCCCCUGCCGCAUUGCAGUCGCCGGAGAUGACUUCGGAUAAUUUCUCAUCUAUGGUGGGUUUGAGGAAGAAAGGGAGUUCCGCCAUCUCGACUCUAAAUCAGCAGAAACUGAAGUUGUCGAGGAGUGCUUCGUGCUCGUCAGAUGCUUCAUCUGAUUCCUCUCAUAGCAGAUCAUCUACUGGGAAAAUUAGUUGGAGGAGUAGGUCCCAAACGCCACCUGUAAAGAAAAAGCAGCAGUGCAGCUCUGAAACUGAGAAAAUUGAAAAUAAGGAGGAAAAUGAGAAUAAUGUUGGGGCUGAAAGACAGGGUGCUGUGGUUAUAAAAAAGUGUGCUUGGGUGACUCCGAAUACUGAUCCAUCAUAUGUGGCUUUCCAUGACGAAGAAUGGGGUCUUCCUGUUCAUGAUGACAAGAAACUUUUCGAACUGCUGACCUUUUCCACUGCAUUGGCCGAACUAGCAUGGCCUGCCAUUCUGAGUAAAAGACAUAUCUUUAGAGAUGUCUUUCUGGACUUUGAUCCAGUUGCUGUGUCAAAAUUAAAUGACAAGAAAAUUGCAACAACAGGAAGUCCUGCCAACUCUCUUCUGUCAGAAGUAAAGUUGCGGGCUGUAAUUGAGAAUGCACGUCAAAUUUGUAAGAUCAUAAAUGAGGUUGGGUCUUUCGAUAAAUACAUUUGGGGGUUUGUGAACUACAAGCCUAUCGUCAAUAAUUUUCGCUACCCUCGCCAAGUUCCAAUCAAGACAUCGAAGGCAGAUACAAUAAGCAAAGAUCUCGUUAAAAGAGGAUUUCGAGGAGUUGGGCCCACAGUCGUCUACUCAUUCAUGCAAGUCGCUGGAAUCACAAAUGACCACCUUAUCAGUUGUUUCAGAUAUCAAGAUUGCAUAAUUGCAGGUGAUAAAAGGGGGAAAAGUGAGAGCAUUACUUCCACCAAUGAGGAGAAAUUUCCCGGAGAUAUUAUCAAGUUGGAAUUGAUUAGCAAUAUUGAUGAUAUAAAUUUGUCCAGGUAGUUAAUUUUCACGUUGUUGUUUGUAUUGAUCCUCUUAUGUAUUGUGUAGUUUCACACACGUGUGCGGCUUACUGCACACUGAAGUUCAUGUACAAUUCAUUAUAAAUUAUUAUUGCCUUUCUUGUAGAUUUCAUAUCUUUAGCAUUGGUGUGUAGUGAAUAAUGAUAUGGGGUAUUUAUGUUGCUCGAUUGAACUGCUCGAGCUCGAGUCGAGCAUUGACUCAAGCGCUUGCGAGCUGCUCUCGUUUGCAGUUUAAGUCUCAACCUAAUCUUGCUUCCUUGUGCAAUCCAAUGUCCAUUUCGACUACGUGAAGUUUAGACCAAGUAUAAAAAGA